GCUGCUGCUGCUACUGCGGGGCUCGCAGCUGCCUUCGCCUUCGCCUUCUCCCGGCUCCGCAAAGACCACAGCGUCUCAGGCCGCGCCGCUCCCGGCGCCCCGCUCCCGGCCCGAGCCCGGCUUUGACUUACGCACUGCGCAGUCGCCGAGGGCGCGACGUCGGGCGGCGCCGCAACGCCCCCUCCGGCCUCGAGCGCCCCCGGGCGGCCGGGCGGACUCAGGACGCUGGAAUCGCGCGAGACAGAACGUAGUGGGCUCCCCGCGAAAAACGGGAGCCGGGGUCACUUCCUCUUCCUCCAUCUGCGGCUCACCGGCGCUCAGCUGCUUAGGCUGGCGGCUACACAGUCUUCCUGGAGCUACAUACGCCCACUGUCAACGACCACUUCCUCAGCUCCUCAUAAAGCUUAUUUUUGCGAGAGGCCUGGAGCUGACUUUGUGCGGCCGAGUCUUUCAUACUUGAGAGGCGCGCAUAGCCUCAUUUUGGCAUCUCUUGAAGCAAAGCAAGUGUGAGGAUGUUCCAGAGCAAGAGGGUUCAGCCUGGAGUUAAAUCCCAGCGCCACUACUCAGGGCCCUGCGCCUGGGUUUUCUCACACAUUAAAACAAUAUGAAAUAAAACAUGAGCUGGA